CGAAUGUACUGAGAACAAUGAUGAGUGUAACAGAAGCCGAGACAAUCGCUGACUUGGUGCAGAAAUUAGUUGUAUCGUUAUGUGGUGAACAAAAGCCAGAAGUAAUACGAAAACUUUUGCGGCUAUCGCUGGGUGUACUGUCUUCGGCACAAGGCUCGGAAACAUUACGAGAGGAUGAAGUUACAGUGGCAAGCCUUAUUCGCGACAAACUCUCGUUACAAGAUGCUCUACAAUUUGAUAAACUUCAUAAUAACUUGAAAGAUGGGCCACUUAAAAAUAGGAUAAGUAUUCUAUUAUUUCUAUUAUACGUUGGUCAAUCGCCAGACCAAAUUAGGGAGAGAAAUUUUUCAAUCCCAGAUAUGAGAUUAGCUUUAGCUACAUCUGCACCUCUUCCUGCAAGUGGUCAAUCAUCUCAAACAUCGUGUACUCAUGCACAAGUAGUCUCACUGAGCACAGAUUCAAGUAUAUGUGGUCCUAGUAGGAUACUUAACGAGGACUGCAUUUCUGAAGAUUUAAUCGUUCAAGAUUUGAUAUACUCCUUCCAAGGAAUUGAGGGAAGAAUUCUCAAAUUAGACCCAAAUUAUGGAUUUCAAAUUGAUCCAACUGUGAGCAUGAACAGAUCACACAAACAAGCAGUACUGAGGCUCAGUGAACUUGGUUAUUUAUAUAAUGUAAUAAAAAGGGGUUUGGAAAGAAUGUCAAUGACUGGUGCUGGUCGCGUCGUGGAAAGCUUCAUUGCUGCGCUAAAUCAUGAACUGACUGAUUAUUAUAGGUUCAUUGCCAUCGUACAAGAGGAACUCAAUAGAGCACAAAGUUCAUCUGGAUUGUACAACGUAACGCUCUCUCAUCUACAUGUUUGGGCAUACGAUCCUUUGGAAUCUUUAAAGUGGUUGGCAAGUAUUAUCAGAGCCUGUCAAGGAAGGAAAGGUGGAGCUUUAGCUUCAGCAGUAUAUGCUUUCAACCAUCAUGGAGAUCGUGGUGUACAAAAACUAGUGAAGAGAAUUCUGGAAAGUGUCUGCGACCCUCUUUGCAAUAUGUUAUUGAGAUGGAUCGUAGAUGGUGAAUUAGACGAUCCAUUUAAUGAGUUCUUUGUAGAAGCCUGUGCAGAUGUGGCUGGUGAAAGAAUGUGGCACGAGAAGUACCAGGUCAGAGACGCGAUGGUUCCUUCCUUCAUAUCCAAGUCACAAGCCAGGCAAAUACUGGGUACUGGAAAGAGUAUUAAUUUCCUACGGGAAGUUUGCAAAGACUUUGCACCUUUGGAAGAGCGCAAUGCAAGUGUAUUCAAAAAUGGGGCAGACGACUUUAAAGUCGAUGCGUUCUUUGAUAUGGAUCCUGAUGGGCGUUUGCAGACCAUGAUGAACACAGCUUAUAAAGAGACCUCUACUAGAGUCGUUGAAGUUCUCACUAAGCAGUAUCAACUUAUGGACCAUUUACAGGGAAUCAAGGGAUACUUGUUACUCGGCCAGGGUCAUUUCGUUCAGCAUCUCAUGCAUUUACUCGAGCCUGAAUUAGCAAAACCAGCAAAUUCCCUGUAUCCGCAUAACAUCGCCUCAAUUUUGGAGACAGCAAUUAGAGCAACUAGCAUGAAAUUCGAUGAAUUAGAUGUACAGAGACGUUUAGAUGUAAGGUUCCUCGCUCCAUCUGAAAAUGAAACUGGUUGGGACGUCUUCGUCUUAGACUAUAAUGUUGCGGGUCCAAUUGGAACAAUUCUUGCGCCAUGUAGAGAAACAUACCAAACGGUAUUUUUUGCACUGUGGCGAGCUAAACGAAUGGAAUCCAUUCUAUCGACUAUCUGGAAUCAACAGAUCACAUCUGCAAAGAUGUUCAGGAAGAUGCCCGAAGUCUUACCUAUACAGAAUCAUAUUCAUCUUAUUACUAGUAGUAUGGUACACCUGGUGCAUCAAAUGCAGUAUUAUUUCCUUUUUGAAGUUAUCGAAUGUUCUUGGGAUACGUUUGCAAAACAACUCGGACAGGCUGCGUCCCUUGAUGAAAUCAUUGCGGCACACACGAAUUUUGUAGAGUCAGUACGGCAUGGCACUCUACUCGACGAGGAAUCUAAGGAACUGAUGGAUCAUCUACGUUCUGUCUAUGGUCCAAUUUUGGAGUUGCAAAAUCUUGAGGAAACCUUCUUAGCUAGAACUAUGCAGGAAUACGAAGCACGUAACAGGAUCGACAAAUUCGUUGAUAAAACAAGUGAACAGACAAAGCAGUGGGGAAAAUGUACUAGUGAUGACACAGAGAAUGCAGAGCGACAAACAGCUUUCACAAAGUACCUCAACACUCUUUCGAUUCAACUUAAAUUCUUGUCGAGGAUGUAUCAGGACCGAGUACAAAAGUUCCUCCUAAUGCUCGCUUCUGCAGAGGAUGCGUCUCUUCAGUUGCUCAGUGUUCGGCUGGAUUUUAAUGAGUAUUACAAGAGCAAAGAUAGCAGAUUAGUUGCACCGUUAACCUACCAACACCGUCGACAAAGCGAACAGAUAUUCCUGGCGUGCAAGUGACCAUUAUUACGGAGGAUGCUUUCUGCGUUCCACUGUAAUUAUUCUAAUGGAUCAGUUUCAUACAUUACUAAGAGGCUGAUCAUUUGAAGCCAUAAAUAACAAAAUGUUUAUAAUUUGAUAACUGUGGCUCGAGGAACGGGCUCACAGUCACUUCGUAAUAAAUACAAUUUAACUUU